AUACACACACACACACACACACACACACACACGCACAGUAGAAGUGUGGCCCACCAGUCGCUCAACAGAAAACGAGAGUCUACUUCGACCGGCGUGCUUGGUUGCCACACACCACCAACUCCAGCUCCUCGGCCCUCUGACGGGGACGUGUCCAGGGCAUGUCCCCAGCCCUCCUCUGGGUCAUGGGCGUGGGGCAGGUGGCGUCUGGACGAGAGGGCGUCAGGGAGAUGAAUAUUGGGCGUGGGUAUAGAACAGCCUGAAGUAGGAGAGUAAAGGGGCGGGGACUGGUACCGGAAUUUUUCGUGAAGGGGGGACGGGGGGGGAGUGGGUGGCGUCGGGGGGUGGGAAGAGAGUGUUGGAGGCGGGAGGUGACGGGGGUGACUCCUGGUGGCCUGUCGGUGCUAAACUCGCUAGUCGGUGGCGCACGCUGCCCGUGGACUGGUGUGCGUGUGUGUCGCGCGACCUGCUGCCUGCUCCGGGGACUGGCCUUCCUCGCUAUCUCCUUCAAGGGCCACGUGUUAUUAUUGACGCCAGGGCGAUGUCAGGCCGGAGCUAGCGUGUGAACCAUUGAAACAGUAAUGACUUAGUUUACUGGCAGUCGCCAGUCUUCAAUAUGUAACUGUGUUGCGAGCCCACCGCCGGCCGGCCGCAACACAGGGUUCUGGUGUGCCUAUGGCAUGUGUGCCCCGGGGGCGGGUGCCGGCCCAGCCUGACCUGGGCUGCCCUGGGUCCUGUCCGCCGCAAUAAACUGACCCAGAGGAGAUGGACGGCCUGAAAGGCGUUAAGUCUGCUGCCCUGGGUGGGUCCGGGGCGGGGCUUGGGGCGGGCGUGGGCGCGGGGCCGGGGUCGUACCUGGCCAGCAUGGAGACUCUACUGGGAGACUACAUGGAGCGACUAGGGACGCGCCUCAACGUUCUGGAGACGGAGCUACGUUACGCCUGGCGCGCCCUCGACAUGCUGUCCCAAGAGUACGUCAAGAUGUGGGAGCGGCUGGAGAAGCUGGAAAUCCUUUUGUACGAGCAACAGGCCGUUAUCGCGCAGCUCCUUGAGUUCUAUACUGCCUUUGACCUUCAGGCUCUCCUGGCGGAGAAAGAGGACCCGGCGCUCCCCGUCGACCCCACCGCUGCUGCCGUAGCAGUUGCAGCCGCUGCCGCAGCUGGUACAGCCCCUGCCGCCACCGGUGCUCCGACCGACGACAACGCUGAGAAUCGCCUUCCAGACGAAGCGUUUUACCGAAGCCUGAACAAUGCACACCGCGACAACCUGUCACAGGUGCCCGAGGCUGCCGACCAGGAACUGGCAAGGAUAUGGAACUUGGACGACGUUGAGAAGGACACGGACGCUCUCGACCCUAGGAAGAAGGAAAAGGAACGCGAGAAGGAGAACGAAAAGGAUGAAGUGUACACGUCGGAUGAUUACAAAGACUAUCGCGGCGAGAGUACGUGCAUCAGCGAGCACGACCUGCAGGAACUGAGAAAAUUCACCACUCUAGACAAAGUGGCGCUCGGGAAGCUGAAGGAACUAGACGCUCUCAGCGCCAAGCUGCUUAAGGACUCACAGAACCUGCGCGACUUAAGGGAAAGAUUAAUUUCAUCGUCUCCCAAAUUGGCCUCACCUACCUCCACCUCCCCCAGACCUCCUCCUAAACCAGAGAUCGCGGCCAGCACUUCCGCAGCAGCCGCAGCCACCGCCACCGCCACCGCCACCCUCACCCAACAGGUGGACAACAAAAUGGCGGAGUCGGUUGUAGACGUCAAGCUUCGCCAAUUGUAUCUUGACUCAAACAUCGAGGACUGGAAUCUUGGCCCGCGGGUGAGCGAGUCCCAGCGCAGCCGCCCCAACUCCCAGCUCUCUACCGACAGCAACGCCACGGACUCUGAGAUCAUGGCGGCCCUCGGGCUGAAGUCAGUGAGCUCGGCGAUGGGCUCUCCCCGCCACAGCACUCAUGCCAAAGUGCCCUCACCUCUCACCCUAACGGAGCCCACCGCGGGCGCCGCCAAGGACGCCCUCGGGAUGACAGACUUCAGCAUGAUGGGUCGCAAGACUCCGGACCCUCUUGUGGCGGGUGACAAGCCCCUGGGCACCUCCUCUCCCACCUUCUUCCCGGCCACCAGUGACAAAAUGAGGUCCUCCUCGCCCUUCGGAACCUCUAGAACUCGGCAGGAUGGCUACAUUUGCUCCCCGCGCUCUGGCAGCCCCAAAGAUGCCACGCCACGAACCAAGAAGACCUCCCUCACCCCCACCGCCUUGGAGCCCGGAUCUGGCGGGAAAAGGCCCUCCACACCCUCCUUCGUGGCCAAGGACCUGGGUCACAGCCCCAGGGCUACACCUCGCCUCAUGAGCCCCAAAAGUCCCAAGAGUCCUAAGAGUCCCAAGUCUCCCAGGACGGUCAAGAGUCCCUCACCCAUCCGGUACUCCGAGCUGGGCAAGUACGACUCGGGCAUCUCCACCUUGAGCAGCAGCAUGAGCACUUCCUCGAGCAUCGAAAAGAGUCCCACAAGCCCUCGGCCCGUCCGACGAGCGUCGCCCUACAAAACUGACCGAACCGAGCGGCUGGAGGAUCUCUACCUGCCGUCCGCUUCCUCAGCCGCCAUGCUUAUCGCCGCCACAACGACGCCGGCCAGCUUCCCCUCCGCCUCGCUCUCCGUCUCCCUCAACGACCAGUUCCGGCUGGGCACGCUGGCCGGCCAAACGAAGGCGUUCACCGCAUCGCCCAUCCCGGAGGAGGUGGUGCAGCCCGCCACAACGAGUUCCUUUUUACACAUAUCAACGUCGAAGCCGGACAUUGUAAACACGGCGCUUUCUGCCGAAAAGGCUGACCCGCGACUCGCCUUUAUUAGUCCGGGCCUGCCAUCUUCCGGCGCGUCAGCCUCCGCCUCCGCCAACAUUCCCUCAGGCUAUCUUACCCUCAGCCCCCGCAAAGCCGGGACCAAGACUAGGAAAAGCAGCGGGAACUUCGAAGAAGACACCUUUAGCUCUUACAGCAUCUAUGCCCUCACGGCAGACCCCAUCACGCGGGCCAGUGCCAAGACCAAGGAAAUGCUCUUUGAGGACGUGUUGAUGAGCUCCUCAGCGCCGCCGCCGCCGCCCGCGCCCACCGCGAGUACCUACUCACACUACUAUAGCGGCUCACGCUCCAGCGUGGCCUCCUCCUCGCUGCUGACCAACACCUCGCUGUCCGACACUUACGCUUCCAAUCUCUCCAUUUCACCUGGCCUUGACCGGCCCUACCCGGGGAAGCCCCAGCAGCUGCAGCAGCAGCAGUAUCCGCCCUCGCCCUACAUCAACGAACCUAAGUACUCAGCCCCGGCCUACCUGAACGCGGCCGGGGAGCUCAAGUUUGUGGGUCAGCACACCCGGAGAUUCGACCACUUAUCUGAUCUUGAUUCUGGACGCUCCGAGAACCGCCACAGCUUCGGCGCCGACAGCUCAGAUUCUAUCUCCUCGUACUCGUCCUCCUCAAGCUUUUAUCCCUCAUCGGGGCCGGGAAGCAAGGACACCAUGAAGUAUAAGUACCAACCAUCCUACGGCCAACCACCGCCCUACUCAGCUGCCACCACCUCGUCCCACAUCGUCAGCAGGUACGUGCCCAUGGAGGAUGGUGGAAAGGGCACCGCCGGCUACAAGCAGAUGUACGGCUAUGACCCAUCGCAGCCCAUGUUGCGUGAUCUGCCAUACGAUUCACCUGACUCCUAUAUGAACACCUAUCCUCCUAAAGACCGGUACCGCCCUGUUUCCAGCGUGGUGGAGUCCCCCCUACUCAAGAGCGAGGAUUUGUCGGGCUCCUUGAGGGAUAUGGAAAACAUUCUGUCGUCGGCAGCGGCAACUGAAGGUGUCCCUCAAGGCACCUCGCCGACCCCCCGUUCUCGAAGCCGUUACGACCGCUACCACAGCUCGCGCCGCCACACGCAGGCUGUGCCCUCCUCACACACUGAUUAUUCACGGUCACAGCAGUGGACUGACGCCAAGACAGAAAGACAAAUUCACCUGGAACUCAAUCUUAAGGGGUACAGUCCCCAGAAUGCACAGGAACACCGGCAGCUAGUGCAAGACUCGCAACCCACCCAGACCUUCUACGAUAACAGCCACGUGCUGGUAUCCCAGGCCGGCUACAUCAGCAUCACGCAGGAAACAGUGCCAAUCAAGCCAUCGGUUCCAGUCCACGAAGAGCGCAAGAAGGUACGGCGUGGCGCCAGCGUCAAGUCCGCUCUAAACAGCAUGUCAAAGAUGAUUCCUAACAUCGAUCUGAUGGGAAAGAGGACUCGCUCUCACAGCCUCCCAUCGCGGCCACUCCACGAAGAAGAGCUCAAGCAGAAGGACUACCAGGUGACGACACUAGGGCGAAGGAAGGAAAAGAAACGCAGUUCCCUUAUGUCCACCAUGUCGGGUUUUCUACAGAAAACGCGACGGCGCGGCAGCAGCCUCUCCCUCAGGUCUCUUUCGGAUUCUGAACAGUCAGACAUGGAUAUCAGCCGCCCCAUCCCGCACCGAACCAUCUGGGAUGACGACAGCGACAACAGCAGCCUCCUGUCCGAGACGACCACCGCUGCUGCCGACGGCCUCUUUCCUACCAUGAGGCAAACUAAGAAAUACAGCUCCACCAGCAGCAGCAAAGAAAACUUGGCCCAGGUGGCCACCGCUACGGCGGGCACACCGGUGGAGUCACCGCCCAAGACGGAGGAACAAAUUUCAGACACCACCGAAGAUGUUUUGCAGGACGCCGAAAACUUAUUUCCAACCAUGGGGGAGCUGAAGCGGUCAGACAGCCGAGAGAAGGACGCGGACGCCAAGCAGCCUUCGGGAUCCUCCCGAGUGGGAGGAAGACGCGAGUUCGCUGUGUCACGCGCGCUCGGCAAAUACCGUCAGAGACACUCCUCCUCGGCCCACUCCGAUGACCAGAGCGGCUCCGAGGAAGCGACGCGCGCCAGCAGUAGCGGCUCUGACAGUGGCUCUCGUCCUCCCAGUAACCACCAAAUGCUGAGUCCACUGCCCCCAGGCGAGCUUCCGCCGCAGAUCUCAGACCGGCCUCCGGUGGGUCCAGGAGCCCCGCCGUCUGACAUUACAGUACCAGAGCCGUUCCCCACAGACGGUCUGGCCACCAAUGAAUUAAAGCAGGUCAACAACAACAUCAGUGACCUGACGCGCGAUACAACCCUGGAGCAGCAGCCAACCGGCGACCAACCCGCCCACCAGCUGCUCCAAGACGUGAACAUUCCACCGAACGUAAAUUUUCCCAUGAGCGGCCAGGAGACCCUUCCCGCUGGUGGUACUUGUCCCCCAGCACCGACCUAUAACGCCCCACACCUCCCUCGUGACGCCCCACCCUUUCCUGGCCAGGCUCAGCAACCCUUCUCCCAGAUUCCCCCAGAACCCACCCUCACCACCUCCAACACUGCCUUCAACUACUUCGAUCCCAACUUCCCCAUCAUCUCUGGCUUCCUUCAGUCAAAAAACGGGGAAGCGCCCGCCCCUAGCUUCAGCAAGAUCGGGGCGGCGGGGGCGUCCCCGGAGCUGGGUUCAACCCCCGCCGCCGCCGCCGCCGCUCUCCUGCAGCAGCCACUUGUUAACAAGAACAUUGACAUCAGCGUGUCAGGCGAGGCGGGCGACAGCGACACGUCUGUGAGCGAGUCUCUCGGUCUCGAAGGGACGCCAUCUCGCGGCCGAGAACACACCCGCCGCUCACCGCCCGAGGCUAGCAAGGACUACCGCCUCGUCCUGCCGGGCACGAGGCCACACUCAGAGGAGGAUGACAACCGCUCCGUGCGAAGCUUCCGCAUGUCCCGUGGCUCCUCCCGGAGGCAGAGCACCGAGGACUCUAUUGACUCUGACGACGAGUGGUACCGAUACGAGCUGCGGAAACUGGAGCUGAUGGAGGCUGACCAGUGGCGGGAGCCCGAGCUGGAGGAGUGUUACCCCGUCACCCCAGACGACCGCGUCCGCCGCUUCAUGAACGUCGUACUGUGCGAACUGCAGGGCAAAGUCUCCGAGGCAAGUGAGCACGUGCCGGGCUCUGAGCCGGCUCCCGCCUUCUCCGCAGCUGUUGCUCCCUCCGUCGGAGCGGCGCCUCCCACAGAAGCAGCAGCAGCAGCAGCAGCAGCGGCUUUCCCCAGCGCCGCCGCCAAAGGCUCUGAAGAUAUCGGCGUCACUGUAUAUCAAGGCGAUGAACGUCGGGACUCCCAGCAAGACGCCGCUGCCAAGGCUCGACGGACGCCACCGGUCAUGCGGCCACGCAUUGACUCUGACGACGGUUCUUCCGGAGAGACUUCAGGACCAGACUCACCUGGGGAGGACCUGGACGAAGACGAGGACGAUGACUUGGGUGCAGUAGCGAAGGAAACAUCACCCGUCGAGGAGCCGCAAGCUCCUCAGAAACCUCGCCGGUCCUUGCCCGUGCCCCCGGUAGAUUUGCCUCAGGCCAUUGUGGCGGAGGCGCCGCAGCAAGUCUUCGUCGCCCCAGAAGUGUCUCCCUGCGGCCAGAAGUCUCCAAGGGAACCCCUGCGCCUCACAGAUGAUCUCGCGCGCGACUCCGACUUGGGUCCGGUCGGUGACACGCUGUCCGAGGUGCCCAUCGAACCCUUCGAGGUGCGGCAGGAGCUACCGCCCGAGCCCCCGCCCGAGGUGCCCAAGCCCGUCCCGGAGAUAUUACACGCUCCUAAAGCCCUGAGCCCUGUGCCCGAGGACGAGCCCGUCCCGGAAAAGGAUGCGGAGGGGGAGGAAAACAAAGCUAAGGAAGCGGGAGGGGAGGGGGGAGCCACCGCCGAGGGUGGAGCCCAGGCCACAGUGGGGAAGGUCAAGCCUCCACUGCGGGGAGCAGGCAGCAAGUGGAAACUGGUCAAAGCACUCAAAGAGAAGAAGGAAGAGCAGAAGGCGGAGAAGACGGCCGAAGAUUCCGAGAAUGACCGCGGUGGCAUGGACGGGGUUGUCACCAAGCUCAUGGUGAUCCUUGCAAGGCCUGGAGACAACCCCUUCUACAGCAACAUUGACAGCAUGCCGGACAUCAGGCCUCGCAGGAAGUCAAUCCCGCUUGUCUCGGAGCUGACGAUGGCAGCGACGAAGAGGAACGCCGGGUUGACGUCUGCUGUUCCUAGAGCUUCCUUGAACGACGAGGAGCUGAAGAUGCACGUAUACAAGAAGACGCUGCAGGCCCUCAUCUACCCCAUCUCGUCCACUACCCCGCACAACUUCCUCAUGUGGACCGCCACCUCGCCCACCUACUGCUACGAGUGCGAGGGUCUCCUGUGGGGCAUCGCGAGGCAGGGCGUUCGCUGUGUGGAGUGCGGAGUAAAGUGCCACGAGAAGUGUAAAGAUUUGCUCAACGCGGAUUGUUUGCAACGAGCGGCCGAAAAGAGCAGCAAACACGGAGCCGAAGACAAAACCAACAACAUUAUCGCGGCCAUGAAGGAGAGGAUGAAGAAGAGAGAACUGGAGACGCCCGAGAUAUUUGAGCUGAUCAGGAUGACUUUCAAGGUGGAUCCAGAUACACAUAUAGAUUCCCUUGAGAAAGCCGAGGAUAACGUGUUAGAAGGGACCUCCCAUUGGUCCUGCAAGAUAGCGACGACAGUUAUCUGCGCCCAGGGCCUCAUCGCCAAGGACAAGAGCGGCACCUCUGACCCCUACGUGACCGUGCAGGUGGGCAAGGUCAAGAAGAGGACCCACACAGUGCCUCAAGAGCUCAACCCUGUGUGGAACGAGAAAUUCUACUUUGAGUGCCACAACUCCAGCGACCGCAUCAAGGUGAGAGUUUGGGACGAGGACAACGACAUCAAGUCCAAGCUAAGGCAGAAGCUGACCCGCGAGAGUGAUGACUUCCUCGGCCAGACCAUCAUUGAGGUGCGAACGCUGUCAGGCGAGAUGGAUGUGUGGUAUAACCUUGAGAAACGCACAGACAAGUCCGCUGUGUCAGGUGCCAUUCGCCUCCACAUCUCAGUAGAAAUCAAGGGUGAGGAGAAGGUGGCACCCUACCAUGUCCAGUACACCUGCCUGCACGAGAACCUCUUCCACUACCUGUGUGAGGUGGAGGGUGGUGCCGUCAAGCUCCCGCAGGCCAAGGGGGAUGACGCGUGGAAGGUCUACUUUGACGACCAUGCGCAAGAAAUUGUGGAUGAGUUUGCCAUGCGAUAUGGGAUUGAAAGCAUCUACCAGGCUAUGACACACUUCCAUUGCCUGUCCACCAAGUACCUGUGUCCUGGGGUUCCUGCUGUCAUGUCCACCCUCCUUGCCAACAUCAACGCCUUCUACGCCCACACCACCGCCUCCUCCGCUGUCUCUGCCUCGGACAGAUUUGCGGCGUCCAACUUUGGCAAAGAAAAGUUUGUGAAGCUGCUGGACCAGCUACACAACUCCCUCAGGAUAGACUUGUCCAUGUAUCGCAACAACUUCCCCGCUAGCUCCAACGAGAAGCUGCAAGACCUCAAGUCCACCGUGGACCUGCUCACCUCCAUCACCUUCUUCAGGAUGAAAGUGCAAGAGCUGUCCUCGCCGCCCAGAGCCAGUGUGGUGGUCAAGGACUGUGCCAUUGCCUGCCUCCGCUCCACCUACCAGUUCCUCUUUGAAAACUGUUAUGAGCUUUACAACCGAGAGUUUCAGGUGGAUCCCUCGGAGAAGAAGGAGGGCGGGGAGCAGGGGCCGCGCCUGGAGAGUGUUGACUUCUGGCACAAGCUCAUUGCCCUCAUCGUCUCCGUCAUCGAGGAGGACAAGAACAGCUAUGCCCCCGUCCUCAACCAGUUCCCACAGGAGUUCAACAUUGGCCAGCUGUCAGCGUCGACGAUGUGGAGCAUGUUUGCCGUGGACAUUAAGUAUGCGCUGGAGGAGCAUGAGCAGCACCGCCUGUGUAAGAGCAGCGAGUACAUGAACCUACACUUCAAGGUGAAGUGGCUGUACAAUAACUACGUAAAGGACGUGCCUCCCUACAAAGACCAAGUGCCUGAAUACCCUGCGUGGUUUGAGCCGUUUGUGAUGCAGUGGCUGAACGAGAACGACGAUGUGUCACUUGAGUACCUCAACGGUGCCUUCCAGAGAGACAAGAAGGAUGAGUUCCCACCGAGCUCAGAAAACUCGCUCUUCUCCAACUCUGUGGUGGAUGUGUUUACCCAGUUGACCCAGUGCUUCGGGGUGGUGUCCAAGCUGGAGUGUCCCGACCCAGAGAUUUGGAAGAGGUUCAUGAAGAGGUUUGCCAAGACCAUAGUGAAGGUGCUUCUGGCCUAUGCCGACAUCUGCAAGAAGGAAUUCCCCAACUAUGUAGAUGAUGAGAAGAAGGCGUGCAUCCUCAUGAACAACAUCCAGCAGCUUCGUGUACAGCUGGAGAAAAUGUAUGAGAAGAUGGGCGGUGAGAAGCUGGAGGAGGACGUGGCCACCAUCCUCAAUGAGCUGCAGGGAUCCCUCAACACCGUGCUGGACGAACUGGCCCACAAGUUCGCCAAGAGCCUGGAGGAUCGCAUAGCCGUCAAGGUGAAGGAGAUGGGCGAUAAAUUAGCAGCGGUCAAGUCUACGGGUCAGGUGCAACCGUCGCAGAGGAACAACGUCUCCAUAGAGGCAGACGAUGUGCUGGCGCCUCUGAUGGACCUGCUGGAAGACUCGCUCUCACUCUACGCCCACUCUUGUGAGAAGACUGUGCUCAAGCGCCUCCUGAAGGAACUGUGGAAGAUCGUCAUGACCACCAUGGAGAAAACUGUUGUCCUGCCACCCAUGACGGACAAGGCCAUGAUGCUCAAGAACCUGACGGACAAUGCCAAGAAUCUCGCUGCAAAUGCCAAGAUUGAGGACAUGUCUCGCCUCAUCAAGAGUCAGCUGGCGGGCGGCAAGGACGUCAAGAAUGCGGUGUCCAAUAUUAUGGACAUCUCCAAGGACUUCGAGAGGAACCUGACCCCCAAACAGUGUGCCGUGCUGGAGGCUGCCCUGGACACCAUCAAGCAGUACUUCCAUGCCAACGGCAGUGGUCUGAAGAAGAACUUCCUUGACAAGUCACCUGAGCUCAAGUCCCUCAACUAUGCGCUGUCCCUAUACACGCAGACCACGGACACACUCAUCAAGACCUUCUGCUCCACCCAGACCAACCAAGUUCCUGCAAACGACAGUAAGUUUCCUGGUAAGAGCAAGAAAAAGAGAAGGGAACAAGUGUCAACAGAGGAGGAGGAGGGUGACGAGGAGCCGGAGGCGGAGGACGAUACCGAUGACCCAGUUAAGGCUAAGAAAAUCCGAAAGAAACUGAGUAUGAGCGAUAAGCGAGGCUCCACAGAGGAGGGCACUGUUGGGGAGAUCAGCAUCCAGGUGGACCUCUACACCCACCCAGGCACCGGUGAACAGCGCAUCAAUGUCAAAGUGGUGGCGGCUAAUGACCUUCGGUGGCCAACUACGGCUGGCGGCAUGUUCAGGCCCUUCGUGGAGGUCAAUCUUAUUGGCCCUCAUCUGGCUGACAAGAAGAGAAAGUUUGCCACCAAGUCUAAAUCCAACAGCUUGUCGCCCAAAUACAAUGAGAGCGUUCAGUUCCUGAUUGGAAGUGAGGAGGGUCCUGAGAGCUUUGAGCUGCACAUCUGCGUGAAGGACUACUGCUUCGCCAGGGACGACCGCCUGGUGGGGGUGGCGGUGCUUCAGCUGAGAGAUAUUGUGGACCAGGGUUCAUGUGCAACGUGGCUCUUCCUCGGCAAGCGUUGCCACAUGGAUGAGACCGGCUGGACGGUGCUGAGGAUCCUAAGUCAGCGCACCAACGACGAAGUGGCCAAGGAGUUUGUGAAGCUCAAGUCAGAAGUGCGCGGGGAACCACCCAUCACACAGUAAAGCCAUGGCCAAGUCUCUGCUGGAGGAUGACAGUCUCGUGUGACACCCGGUAAAGGCAGAUGACAUCACAAUCCUGAGGUUCCUCCACCGCUGGCAAUGAUGGGAGAGAUAUUUCCAGUUUCAAGUGAAUUCUCCACGAGGGGCUGAGUGAACCCCAUGACCCUCAGACAUGGCUGGAGGCCCCACAGUAUCAGGGAGAAGGACUGGGGCCCUCCCAGUGACCACCCCUGCGGGAUCACAAACGUCCAAGAAAACCUGACCCGAGUAAGGCCGUGCAUGGCCACCGUUGACCUGGAAAAAUGUAAGCACAAAUAUUUCAGUUAAUUAGAACAAUUACUAACACUACUAAAUUUGGGGGAGUAGUUUGAUGUGUUCUGUAGUGGAUUUGAAUUACUAACAGCAAAAAGUAGUACAGUAGAGGGUCAUGUGGAGUAAUGACACUGGGAACGACCCAGUCACGAAGUGGCUGUCAAGGAAAAUCCUCAAAAGAGUUGUCAUCGUUGAAAUUGAUCCAGUGCAGCCAUGCAAGGCUUGAAAAGGGAACGUCUGUGAUACAGUAUUGUGCAUGAUACCCUGGACCUCACAUGUGGGCCGCCACGAAGGUCAUAGUCAAUAAGUGCAGAGCUACAAAAUAUUAAUCCAUACUGUGUGUUCUCAUUUCAGUGGAAUACAAGUCCUCUGCUCUUCCAGAAACCUUGUUUUAAAGUUUGUAAAAUAGUAUUUUGAAUUAUUUGACAAUGGUGGUGUUCAUUCUGUAUCAUACAAUGCUGGUAAGAUGUACAACACACACGCCAGUCCCUCUAACAUGUCGCACUGGAGGGAGAAGCGGCCCGUAGCUUGUGGUUUCAACUUGGCGCGUGUCGUGUCACUGUCCCAUUUUCUGUGGUGGUGUGAAAGAAAGUGACUGAACCUGAAGAUCAGUUCCCAUUUGCUGUUAAGUGGUCAUAGUGUGAGUCUGCUGUUUUGUGCUGCAUUACUCCUUACUUCUCUCUGAGUGAGAAAAUAAUGGACAUUUGAAUUCAUCACGUGGUUUAAGUUGUGAGCACAAACUAUUAUUUUUCUAUGUGAUUUUGGCACAUAUUACCAAAAGGUGCACAUUCAUAUUUCGCCUUGACCUCAGAUUCAGAUUCAACAAGCGUUCCAUUGUACAUAUCAUUUUACCAUUAGGUUAGUCCUUGUCUGUAAUUAUGGACAAUUGGGUGAUUGUUACGCGUUUUCCUAACUUUGACUGAUUCUGGCCAGCUGCAUCGGACUUGGGAGAGUUAGUUGCUAUAAUCUGUGACGUUGAUUGUUCCAUUAGUCAGUUAGUGGUGCAUUUAUUUGUCCCGAGGGGGGUCAGGGGGGGCAGGACCCAGGAGUGCAGGGGUGGGUCACUUACCUGCCCACAGGUAAUGGGUCAGGUCACCAGGUCACCUUCUCCAGCCUCCCUGUGACCUCCUGCAGGGCAUUUGUUUGUUGCUAGUUGGUGUCCUAACCAGUGUGUGCAUUUGUACCGCGUGUGUGGGUGUGCGUGUGUUGUUUCACCUGGACUAUCAUCAGCAUGUUCUCCUAGCCAACAGGCACAUAUUGUACCUGUUAAUAUGUACACUAAGUAAUUGGCACGAUGACGCCUCCCUGAGGGGCGAGUAAGAGGGGACCACAGGCGGCUCACCAGUGGCGGCGCGUCACAACUCAGCGUAGUUAACCACAGAGUUGGAUUUUUAGUUGACCGCAUCAGGUAUGGAAGGACGAAACCAAAUAAUAACAAAAACAACAAAAAAAAAAACAUUAAUGAGCAAUUUUGGUACACAGAAAAUCAUUGGAAGUGGGAGGAGAAAAACUUAAGUGUCAGACAUAUCUUGCUUUUCUGUUUGUUGGGCAUUCAGUGUUGAUAUUACUAAUUGUUUUUGUGUGUAAGUGGGUCGGGUAGAGUAAUUUUCUAUCACAGUUGUUAUCUAUGAUUAAUAAGAGUUACCUAGUGGGAGGAUUAACUCGUCACCAGCGGCUCAUAUCCGUAGUCAAUAGGAAUCAGGUUAAACAUAGUGCAAAGUGGUGGAUUUAUGAAUUGACUCGACUAACAACAUGAUACUUGUUGCAACACAUUAGAACUUAUAUAUAUAUUUUAAAAGUAGUAAAGGAAAAGCAAAGUUUUGGGGGAGUAUUGAUGUCAAAUGCAGUUCUCAUGGAAAGUGAUACUGUUUGAGAAUGUUUGAUUGGGUUAGAAAAUGUUUGCCAAUUCAUGCUCACCAUUCCAGUUUGUCUUUUUAUCAAGAAAAAAACUCCUCACAAAACUUGAGCUGAGAUAUGUAAAUUGAGCUGAGCUACAUAAACUAAGGUGAAAUAUAUAAAUUGAGGUGAGAUAUAUAAACUGAGCUGAAAUAUAAAACAAGCUAAGAUAUGUAAUUUUGAGUUAAGAAUUCAGCUGAAAUAUGAAUUUUGAGUUGUGAUACAAAAAAUAAUUGUGGUCAAACUAAAGAUGAAUGAUGAGCAUGCUGUAUUUUUAACAAUAACUCAUAUUCAUACUGCAUCCUAAUUUACCAGAGGUGCUUUGUUCCUAAUAUGAUUAGUCUAGAUGGAAUGGAGUUAUGGAUUGGCAAACAUUACGUAUUGUUCUGCUCGGUAUUCCUCUGUCUAUAAUUGAGUCAUGGCCAUGUCUCCCUCCAAAUAUCAAGCAGAAUGCACAAUUUCCCUUUUGUGUCUUGACAGUUGCUUAUUGACCAUUGCAUGAAACACCAUAAUGAAGAUAUUUAUUAAAAAUUAAAAGGCAGGGCAAAAUGUACAUGGAAUUCUUGAUAUCAGGAGGCAUGUAUCUGACUCAAGCAUGAAAUAACAUAAUUCAGAGUCCACUUUCAUCGCUUGAAAUCAGGAAGCAAUAGUCUGAUUUGCUUGAGGUUUGGAGAGAGAAUGGAUCAUGUCACUCAGAGCAGAGGAAGGGAAAGCGAAUGUGCAAGAAGCUGUCUGUAGCAUUAAUAUGAGGGGCCAAAGAGUGUGGAAAAGAAACAGCAAAAUUUGUUUGUAUUAAAUUGUUACAAGAAUCACAUAAUUAAGCUGGUACAUCAACAUGACAAGUGAAUGUAAAUGAUUGCAACUUGUAUAUACCUAGUUAUUGGUAAAUUUGAGGAAACGUGACCGAUCAUGAAUAAUGAAAAAUAGAUAAAAAUGUCAAUUGAGAGGACUACUACUAUUACUAGGGAGGUCAGUAUAUUAUAUCUCUUUGGUACAAAAAUUAGUUUAGGCUUGUUUUCGUUGAGGCAGUGAUAACAGGACAGAGGUCUUGGAUUGAGAAGAAAAUGGACCAAGGAAAAAAUAAUGAAGUUUUCUUGAAAUAAAUCAGUAAUGAAGUUUGCCUGGAGUGUCAAAGGACUAAGUGAGGUCUUGAUCAUGAUAGUGACAUUGAGGCAAGAAAAGAAAUGAAUAACGAGAGGAAAGACGAACAGAUGCCACUUCUUAACGAAACAGAGGAAGCUUAUCAUGACAUCUGAUGAACUACAAAAAAGCAUAUAAACCUGAAGGAGUAAAUAAAUAUGUAAAGAGUAAAUAUGUAUAAAAAAAAGGGAUCAAGGAUGUAACCUAACUCUUCUUCCAUUUGUGUGUACAUAGUUGUCUUAUAACCCACUGAGGGGAGAGGAAAGGAAGUAUUCAAAGGACUACUACUACUACUACUACUACUACUACUACUACUACUACUACUACUACUACUACUACUAUUAUCUCCUAUGCCCAUUCUACUAACUGUACUUACACAACUCUAUAUUCAUUAGUACUACCACUCCUAUGCCUACAGCUUCACUAACUAUACUAUACUACUACUACUACUACUACUACUACCACCACUACUUCCACUCUACUACUGCUACUACUUCUCUUCUACAUUUAUUUUUCUCUUUAAGCAUAAAUCUACCACUAAUUUUCAUUUUUACUACUAUUUCUACUGCUACUACUACUACUACUACUACUACUACUACUACUACUACUACUACUACUAUUACUACUGCUACCACCAGUCCAGUAGUCGGUUUCCUCCCCCACGUCUCGGGAACACGCUUGGGACACAGGCCGUGAUUAAGUUUCCGCCGCUCCGGUCUUGUCUCGUCCCUAUGUCCCUUCCCCUGAGUUCAUUUUUUUGUAAUUGUCACCCCUCCUUGCCUUCCUUCCUAUAUACUGUCGAAGAAAACGUGCAAGUGAUUGUGCCUCAUCAGCUCGUCCGCUUCUAUAUAUAUACGUACGGAUGUCCCAAACGCGUCUCCUUCCUUAUCCUCAUCCCUCUCCAUCCCUCUCCGCCUCUCCUCCACGCUCCUGAAUAUAAAACGUAAAAAACGGAUCACCAUAAAGUUACGUACUCAAGGUCUUGUUUCGUGUUGGCAUGCUGUUUCCACCUCCAUAAGACGCGGCGUUGAAAGAGCAAGGUGUUCGAGCCCUUAUAAAGUAGUGAGAGACUUGUAUAAGGGUAUUUGAUUCUCUUGCCUAUCAGCGUUGGUCUUUAAAAAAAUUAUAAGCUCUAGGAUUUUCAUCAUAACACCUAACUAAGCUAUACUUAUACUGCAGCAUACGUGGUGUGUCGGUCACUAGAGAUGUGUGUGUGUGUAAAGUAUAAACUAAAAAAUAAAUACUAACGCUACUAUACAUAAUAUAUCACGAGACACUCUAUCAGGAACUUUUUUUCGUGACAUCUCAGUUCAAAGCUUCUUGAGUCAUUCCACUCAUCUUGCUGUACAUAAUGUCAUUUUUCAUCGUGUGUGCGGUAUGAACAUAGACCAUUACCUACUUGUUUAAUCUGCCUUUCCCAGCACCUCUCUGCUUUUCUCCUUCGCCUCUCGCUCCGUAUAAAUAGUAUAUAUAAUCCGUCUGUAUCGGUCAGAUCGUUUAUUUUUCUUUGGUGAUCGUAUAUUCUCAGACUCGCCUCAACACUGUCUUGCUUAUCUACGUAACCAGCUCACCCCCACACCACGUCCCGCUCUUUCUUCCUUCCCCGGCAAGUGUACGAGUAGUAGCACCUUUUCGCCCCCUUUCCAAAGUCUCGCCCCGCUCUGUCCUCGCCCCACGCCCCGCCCCGGCUAGUUGGUGGGUAAAUGGCUUAAGUUGAGGAGGAUGGCGGUCUUGUCCCUAGCCUCCGCCCUCCAUACACACACACACACACACACACACACACACAACACAACACAACAUAACAAAACACACACAGAUAGAUUGCUAGAUAUGUAGAUAGAUAAGUUUACUGAUCACACACACACACACACGCACACACACUGUACCACACCGCACCACACUCAGAUAUUUUUGACAACUUGUGUGCCUUUCAGUAUCAUACUAGACCUCACAGCGUCGGGUCAGCACCGCUUUUAGUUGAAUCACCGGAGACACACGCCAAGGCCAAGGCGAAGGGGAGUGUGGGACAGGAAAAUAACAGAUAAAAAUAAAAAGGUCACUGAACAAGGCAGGCUAUAAAUAUAACAAAUGACCCUCGCUACUUCAAAUCUCUGGUCAGACCAAUAAAAUUUUAAGUAACUGAAAGACCAGAUGUAACCCCAAGUCCUUCUUUCCCUAAUGGUUUGUGUUUUUCAAUUGCUAUUCCGUGGCAGCAGUGCAAGGGUAAACAAUUAUAUUCUUAUUUUCAUGUCCUUGAGGUGGGAGUAAAGACAAGUGGAUUUUAAUGGUUGCUGCUUCGAGUGUGUGUGUGCUCUCGUGAGAUUUCCCUGAUGAACUAUAUUAUUCUCUCAAUAUUUACCUGUCUAUCUCAAUCUAUCUAUCUGUAUCUGUCCAUCUAUCUAAUCUCUCCUGUAUGAAACACUCCACUGCGUCUGUCGGUCAGCUACAUGAAGGGGGCAUCACAGACUUGCAUGUUCAGAUUACUUAAGCAAGAGCAACAAUACAAUAACAACUCUACCAAUAAUAAUCUUAACUAAGCCUUGAGUGUAAGUACGUAUAAUCCCGCUUCCUCUUCGUCUUAUCUGCUGGUGGGUUCUCUCACCUGCACCGCUUGCCCAGGUGUCUUUCCCCCUCACUGGCACCGCGGCUACGAAAGAAAUACCAAAAAAUAAACCAACCAGACACACCGUUCUUCAGUUCGACUUCUCUGACUUCGUAUCAUCACCACAAUGUAGAAAUGCUGUCCUCUCAAGAUUCUCGUCAGAUUUUUCUUGUUAAUGUAUGUACGUAUGUGUGUGUGGGACUGAAGGCGUAAAAACUAUAAAAAAUAAUACCAAAAUGGGUUCAGUUUUUGUGUGUCAUUUCCGUGCGUGAGUUGUCGGCUGCCCCGCCACGCUUCGUUUUCUUUUCGACAACAAAGAUGUGUGUCGGCUGCUCCUCGCCCUCUCGUCUUCACAGCCCGUGGUGAAUGGUUACUGGCAUUUAUAUUAUUAUUAUAUCAUAUUAAUUCCCAAGUGACUCGUAGUGAUGUAGUGGGUUUUGUUAAUAUUAUUCCUCUCUGAAAAUAAAGACCCUUUGAAUAUA